GUAUAUGCCUCUUGACGCCAUAUUGAUCUCACUACUUGUAUAUACGCUCCCGUUGACCAUCGCCUAGCUAGAGACCGAGGCACUGUGUUUUUCUUGAACCUAUUUCCCGCGCAUCCGAUCGUUGAGAAACACUCUUACAAUCAAGCUCUCCAUCAUGGCCAACGAGGCGACCAAUUCGUCCCACACACCUCUCCUACGAUCCCUUUCGUCCUCGGCCCUCAGUCUUUCUGCUUCCGAUACCAGCUCCAGUAGUUCCAUCAGCGAUGGAUCUCCGAACACGAAUCUUCGCCGCCGAGCCCUUGCUCUGCGCUCCAUCGCUUUUGUAUCGUCAAUCGUCGGUGCGCUUGCUGCCGGGUCUGUUACCGUCUUCUCAUUGUACGGACAUCUAUUCCAGUCGCGCUUGCACUAUACGCAAUUCCAGAUCAAUGGCAUCGCGAGCGCCAUGAACAUAGCCAUGUACAUGCCGGUUCCCAUCAUCGGUUACAUGUGCGACCGCUUUGGACCAGGUCUCCUGUCGCUCAUUUCUGCUGUGCUUGCCGGCGGCGGGUACGCUCUCGCCGCCGCUCUAUAUCAAAAAGGCGUACAAGAAGCAGAAAACCACGUCGCUGGUCAUAAGACUACGUUUGCCCCCAUGCUGUUUGCGUUUGUGGCCAUCGGCGUUGGGGCUGCGUCCCUUUACCUGGGUGCAGUCACAACUUGCGCGAAGAACUUCGGUAGAGGGAGAUACCGGGGUUUGAUGCUUGUUGCACCUAUUGCGGGAUUCGGGUUGAGUGGCAUGAUCAUGAGCCAAGCUGCUAGUCGGCUUCUCUAUGAGGUCCAGCCUGAUGGAACCAAAGGGGACGUAAACGUAUUCCAUUUUUUCCUAGUUUUGUCUGUUCUCCUUGUCACUGUUGGGAUUUUGGGUUCCUUCACGUUACGAAUUGUAGAUGAGGAGGAUCUUAUCGAUGGGGCUGUCGAAGAGCUUGAGAGAAGCGGGCUUCUCGACAGUAGCGAAGUGUUUCGUCGAAGAACGGAUCAGAGCUACGGCACUCUUGCACAGCCUCAAAAUCUAGACGAGGACGAUGAUAAUGACGUGGCCCUCGACCCAUCUAAGGAUGACGGAGGUGACAUGUAUGCGAAGCUGAAAAAGUCUUGGCUUCUUAAUGCUGAGACGAGGAGAUUUUUGGCUGACCCUACGAUGUGGCUCUUUGCCAUAAGCUUUUGGCUCAUCAUUGGACCCGGCGAAUCAUUUAUCAACAACCUCGGAACUGUCAUUGGGACUCUAACCUCACCGGACCAUAAUUCAAAGCCACCCUCUGCUGCUACUCACGUGUCUAUCAUGGCGACAGUAAGCACAGUAGCACGGCUAGUGGUUGCCUCGCUGAGCGACCUUUUAUCACCGACUCCAGAGAACCAAUACGUUCAAACCGGAAGUACACAUUCGCUACCUAAUUUACGACGGAAGUUACAAGUCUCCCGUGUGAUUUUAUAUGUUAUAUCAGCUUUGACUUUCUCAAUCGGAUCCCUAGUACUGGCCUCGGGUGCUGUACAAGAACAUGCCAACCGCUUCUGGAUAGUAUCUGGCUCGAUUGGUGCAGGCUAUGGUGCAGUAUUUAGUUUGACGCCUAUCAUCAUCACCAUGAUAUGGGGCGUCGAGAACUUUGGCACGAAUUUUGGUAUUAUAGCAUUGACACCAGCGGUAGGCUCUGUGAUAUGGGGUGUCAUAUAUUCUGCAGUCUACCAGGCAGGAGCCCAUAAAUCGGCCCUGCUUGGAGGUGGUGAGGCAGGAGAUGAUGUGUUUUGUUAUGGCAAACAGUGCUAUGCGGCGACUUUCUGGGCAAUGACAGUGUCUAUAUGGGUCGGUGCAUUCAUGAUUAUUUGGGCUUGGAAAGGCAAGAAUGGUUGGUCUUCUAGAGGCAUUGUGGUAUAGAAUCGCGUUCAAACACGAGUACAAAUAGAUAGAGUAUGCAUAAAAUUCUCUAGUGACACCUUUGAACUGGAGCACGCUGCCCAUAUACAUGUAACGUUCAUAUACUAGCGACUCGCAGGGGUAGUCGUCUCGUAGCUGUCUGUUUAUGAUACAGCCUUGCGGAUUCUCCUCACCUUCAUGGUACUGAAGCAUAGUCAUUGUGGUAUAGAGAUGAAAAAUGAGUUACCGGAAUGACCAUCGCCGUUAUUAAACUAGUAAUAUAUCACCAAUCAAAACUCCCAUCGGUACCAAUAUCGUAGCGCAUAGACUUCCAUUAACACUCGACCUGCUAUAGUACCAGCAUUCAGAUCACACCGACCUCAGGACGAGAUCCCGGUGCUUA